AUGGCUGCCCCAGUUUCGUCAGCCUACGCCUUCCACCACCGCUUCGAUGCCGCACCGGAAAAGCAGCCUUCGCUCCUCAACGAGGCUCCUUCCAAGCCACAAGAUGGCGCAGAGCACUUCGAGUAUCCCGACCUAGACGCAGGUCAGUUCUACUCUUCUGCUGCCACUCAUGCGAUCCCAGCACCUGCUCUCACCAAGCUCCCCGAUUUCCCAGAGUUUAAAGGUUUCGACUCCGAUUCCCACUUCCUCUCCAAAGACGGCGCCAGCGACAGGCUCUUCAGCCAAUACGCACCUCAACACGCCACCUCUGCCGCGCUGGUAGAGCCCCAAUCGGCUCAGAUCGAAGGAAGUCCUGAGGCCAACGAGCUCGACAACGCAGCAGAAGCAGAAGCAGCAGCACCGGUGUCGGCACCGGAACCGGUACAGCCAGCCGCAGCGUCUCCUCAACAGGCAAGCACGCAGCUCGUGUCCCCUCCUGAUCAGACUGCACAAGCUCCCACACCCCAUCUGCCCUCAGAAGCGGGAAGCGCUGCUGCCAGCGAAGGUGCUCGAUCGCACGACCAGCAAUACCCGCAGCAACAGCCGCUCCAGCCGCAGCUCGAACGUCAUUUCUCGUCGGCCAGCUCCUACGUCCAACAUCCUGCAGUCAACUCCAUCAGUCACGACUCGCAGCACCCGCAGGCUCCUUCGCAUAACUCACACACCAGCCCUCGCAGCCCGCUUCCUAAGCCUCCCUCUCUGCCUAGUUCUCCAUCCAUGCAACAAUCUGUACCAAACGGAGCACCGUUCCCGCAAGCGACUUCGCCUCGCAGUCCUCCUGUUCCCGCCUUUGCCUUCCCCGCCCAGGCUCCCGUUGCAAGCUCAACACAUUCUCACAACUCGUCAUCCCCGCAAAGGCCGCUUCCGCGGCCUUCUGCCGAAGCCCUGCCACUCGCUGCUCUUCAGAUCAACGACGCGGACCGAAGCCUCAGACAGCAGCCACCUGUACCGUCUGCUGGCAAUCGCGACGAGAACGCCGAUCGAGAGCGACCCAGCAGCUUCUUUGGCAUGCAAAGGCCCGCUGCUGCAAUCAACGCCUCCGGUCAACAGGUCCCAGUCCCUGCUAGCCUGCUCCCCGGUGACGACGACGGCUUCUAUCAGGAUCAGCACCAUCUCAACCAGUCCAACGGCCACUCUCUGCCUCACCAGCGCUCUCCGCAAACACAAGCACCUCGUCCCUCCUCCUUCUUUGGCGUCGAAGGCGACUCGCACUCCAGCAUCGCCCCCGAGUCGGCCUCCAUACCCUCCCCCGCAGGCGAGAUGAAUGUCUCCGGUCCAGGUGGGUCUUCGUUCCACCGCGCAGAGUCGGUGCCACGCGGCAUCUCCACCGCUGCUGGCGGCACCGGCAACGCACCCAUGCCCUCUUCGGGGGGAUACGGCGGUCUCGGACCUGCAGGCGCCACGCGUCCGGCAAGCAUCGCUCCCUCCGUGGCCAGCGGUCCUCUACUCGACCACAGCCAUCUCAAGGUCGGCCAACAGGCGUCUCUGCUCAGCCACGGCAAGACGCUCGAGCUGUAUCGGCAGAAUGCAAAGAAGACCAACGAUCCUAACCUCAUCUACGAGCUCGCUGUCUUUAUGGUCGAUGCCGCCAAGACCAUGGGCACAGAGGAUGAGGCUAAUGGCCACGUCGCCGCGGUCAACGGCCCCAACAAGGUCGACACGCAGAAGGAAGAGCUCAUGAAGGAAGCCACCGGCCUGCUCAAAAAGAUCGCGGAUCGUGGUCAUCCCGACGCGCAGUACUUUUUGGCCGACUGCUACGCGAACGGCAUCGGCACGCGCACAGGCAAGCAGGAUUUCGGCUCGGCUUACACCUACUUUGUACUCGCCGCCAAGCACGGCCAUCCCGAUGCGGCAUAUCGCGCCGGGACCUGUUACGAAAAGGGUUGGGGCUGCCGCAAGGAUGCGGGCAAGGCCCUCCAAUUCUACCGCAAGUCGGCUGCUCAAAGCCAUCCCGGCGCCAUGUACCGCCUCGCCACUGCCGAACUCAACGGCGAGCUCGGCCUGAAGAAGAACGCUAAGGAGGGCGUCAAAUGGCUCAAGCGAUCCGCCGAAGCGGCUACACCAGAGUUCCCGCAUGCGCUCCACGAACUGGCUCUGCUUCACGAGCGUGGCAUAGACAAUGUGCUCUUUGUCGAUCCCGAGUACAGCUGCGAGCUGCUCGCCCAGGCGGGCGAGAUGGGCUAUGCACCCAGCGCCUACAAGCUCGGCGUCAACUACGAGUACGGUCGCAUGGGCUGCCCACAGGACGGUGGUCUCAGCAUCCACAUGUACAACAUUGCUGCGCAGCAGAACCACAAGGAAGCGUGCUUUGCGCUCACCGCCUGGUACCUCGUCGGUGCUCCUGGCAUCUUGCCGCAAUCCGACACCGAGGCCUACCUGUGGGCCAAGAAGGCCGCGGAGCAGGGUCUCGCAAAGGCCGAGUACGCCGUCGGCUACUUUACAGAGAUGGGCAUCGGCACCGUAAAGGACAUUGGCGAGGCGCGCGCCUGGUACAAGAGGGCUGCCGAUCACGGCGACAAGCGUGCCAACCAGCGUGUUGCUGCUCUGCAAGGACGCGGUGGUCCGACCAGCCUUGCUGGCGUCGGUGCUGGCGCACAGGCGCCUGCUCUCAACCGACAGCAGCAGCGAAUGGAGCAGAGGCAGGAGCAACGCGAGAGCAUGUACGAGUUUGGGCGACACGCACAGCCUACGUCGGCGCCGUUCCCCGCCAGCGUCACCCAGAGCUCCAUGACGCCUAACUCGCAGACGAGCUACCCAACGCCGCUGGCUAUGCGAGAUGCGCAGACGCAACAGCGCGAACAGCAAUACCUCGCUAACGUCGCCGCCAACGAGCGUGCACAGGCUCGUGCCAUGCUGCGCCACUCGCCUUCGCAGCCAGACAUGCACUCGCCCAUCUCCACCAGCGGCGCCUCGUCUGUCAUCGGGCUGCCUCGUCCACCGCCCUUGCCACAGCAGUAUCAGCCGCAGCCGUCGCAACCGCUACCGCAAUCGCCACCCUACCAGCAGCAGCAGCCGCAGGCGUAUCCUUCGUAUCCCAUGAAUGGUAGCGCGGGCCCACCUGCCCCGUACAUGAAUGGGCAGAUGCAGCCACACAAUCCCAUGUUCCCACCAAGCGCUGGACCCGGUGCAGGAUCUGCAUAUGGAGGAGGGGCCGGAUCUGCGGUAGGACCACCUUCUGGCGCGAUGGGUCCAGCCUCGCCAGUCGCUGGCGGCAAGGAGGACGAAAAGAAAAAGAAGAAGGGUUGGUUUGGGAGGUCGUAA